AUGGCAUCUAGAUUUUCCAGCUACUUUUACCAAACUCGCCCAUCAACUUACCACCGCUUCUUUUUCUUGUAUAUACCUUCAUCAUCGUUGUUGCUGCCACUUCAUUUGAUCCUUCCCCCACCGCUUACUUUGUCCUCUACCAAAUCGACUCUCUUCUAUGCUCCUUCUCUUCCUACCGCUUCUAUCUGUGCAAUCGGAUCACAACCUCCCUAUCUCCUCUUACUUCCCCCUUACAUAGCCCCACUUUAUUCCUUACGUCUCUUCUUUCCUUUUGUCAAGAAGAUAACCUCAAAUCGGUUCAAAAUACGGGCUGUAAAUCGCGAGUCUAAUGGUGACCCAGUCGCAGAAAAAGAAGUAAUAUCGUUUUUCCACACCUCCAUUCCUUUAAAAUUCCUGUCUGAGAUAGAAACGAUAUCGAUUUUGAUUGUCUCUAAAGAAUCAAGAAGGUGUAGGCCAAGUAUAAACUCCCACAACCCAAAGAUUCUGAACGUGCAAAAAGCUACACUCCGAGUCAUCCGGCUGUGACCCCACAAUUCUACCCUCAAGUGCAGGCUCCAAUUGUCAAUAAUCCAGCGUUUUGGGAAAGACUAGGAUCUAAUAACAUUGGAAUAGAUACUCUGUUUUUUGCAUUUUAUUAUCAACAGAUAUUUACUAUUUACAUAUAACAUUAAAUUUUAUUAGUUAUACUUAAGAGGAUGGUGUCUUCAACAUGUUUGUUUUAUAAUAAACAAAACAUUUCGUGCUUUAUUUAC